UCGCCGGACCGCCACAGCUCGCCGACGUGUCGCGGCCGCACUCCUCACCUCACCACGAUCUUAAUCACGCGGAAAUCAAACACAAACUAAAAUUAUCUUCCAAAAUUUUAAUUUUCUAUUAAUUGCACAUCUAACCCACUGGGUACCUGUCUUCGUGCAUGCUGAGAUUUGUUAGAAGUUUCUUCAACAUGAAGCCACCAGUUAACGCUGCUCUCCUUCACGAUGUGGACAUCCCCACGAAGAAAGCCACCUUUGGUAUGGGUUGCUUCUGGGCCAACGACUCUCUGUUCGGAGCCACCCUCGGAGUAAUCCGGACUCGAGUCGGCUACUCAGGCGGCACUACUAAGAACCCAAAUUAUAGGAGCCUUGGCGACCACACAGAGGUCAUCGAGUUGGACUAUGACCCAAAGACAGUGACCUAUGAUCACCUAUUGGAAAUGUUCUGGGCCAACCACGAGUAUGGACUCACCACCAAACUAAAAAGACAGUACCAAUCUAUGAUCCUGUACCACGAUGAGGAGCAGCGCUUGGCAGCGGAGGCUUCGUACAAAACGACACAGGAGCGCGUCAACGAACCACUGCGCACUGAGAUCGCGCCGGCUGGCAUCUUCUACCCUGCUGAGGAUUACCACCAGAAAUACAGACUGCAAGGUCAUAAGGAUCUGUGCAAGAGUCUGGGCCUGGACGCCGAAAAGUUGCAGACUUCACACGUGGCAGCCAGGUUGAAUGGCUACUUAGUUGGAAUGGGAGGUAAAGCCCAGUUCGACAAAGAAGUCCAAAGUCUGGGCUUGACUGAAGAGCAGGCGGCUUACGUAAGGCGGGAACUGGAACGUAACGAGGGUGGUGGUCUGUCGUGCUAGCUCCGGCUACAGGGUUUAUUAAUAGGAACUAACAAUCUUUUAAAGCGUUUUCAACUGAAGAUUAUACUUUUGUCUAACCUGUAAUGUAUUAUUUUUAACCUUAAUAUGUUAUAACAAUUUUGAAAAUCGAACACACUAUUUUGUCGCGUAGGGCAGUGGCGUAAGUAGGUACAGGGUGAUCAAUCGGCAAAAUGCCACAGGCUCCGACCUGGAAGGGGCCCUGUUGAUAGGUUUUCACCUGAACGUCUCUGUUUUUGAACGGGGGCCUAUCCGAUAGAAUUUGUCACGGGCCCCGAACAGACUCCAAUCCAAUUAUAAAUUACUCUAACAACCCUUCUGAUAAAAACCAUUCACCGUAGCUUAGGGACGUCUGACAACUUCAUUUAAGUUGGCCUGUAAAAAUUAUGUUACAAUUGUCUGAAAACGCCUUAUUAGAUGUUUAGUUUGAGCUAAAACGUUUGAAAUGUUAUAUAUAAUAAUAAAUGACGAUACAUAGGUAUUUUUAAUUUUAUUGUGAUAUCAUUGUCAAACAAAUGAACUAUAUUUUUAUUACGAAGUUCAAAGUACUUGUGUCAUUAUACCUAGUGCGAAUAUCAGCGCUGCAUUUUUUAUUUAGUCGAUAAUUUAAUUUAGUUCUAUUUUAAAAAAAAAAUGUGUUUUUAAUUAUCUAAAAUUUUUGUUAAUGGAUUAUAUCAUUAUCAUAACGGUUUGGGCCAUCAAAGUCUACGAUAGCCAAGAAAUUAAUACAAAUUACAUAUUAUAAAUAGAUACAGUAUUAAGUUUGAUAUUUUUGUGAAAAUAACCAUUUUAUUGUUAUCGUUUUGGUACAGAAAUGUAUCAUGUAUCUAUUGAUAUGUUUAGUGAUAUUAUAAGAUAAAUGUAUUUUCUCACA